AAAUGGCUACAAGAACUUUGGCAGUGUGGCUGCUGCUUGUGGCGGCAGAAUGGCCGCCGGGCUGCUGUCAGCACUGGUCGUAUGGACUGAGCCCCGGAGGGAAGAGGGAUCUGGACAGCCUUUCAGACACACUGGGCAAUCUAGUUGAGGGCUUUCCACACGUGGACACAUCCUGCAGUGUUCUGGGUUGUGCAGAGGAAUCACCCUUUGCCAAUAUUUAUAGAGCCAAAAGGAUUUCUUGGCAGUGUUGCAGACAGGGAAAAUGGACACAGAACAUAUAGAAAAUGAUUAUUUGAUUCUACAAUAAAAUUAUCAUAUUAGCAUGUCACUAU